GCUGCCGCUGCACGGUGCGAGCCGCGAGGCACCUAACCGAGGCUCGGUCGGUCUAGAAUCAUCAUCGGAGGCGGAGCGCGAAAGCCCACGAGGCCCAGGCUACGGACGGACGGGACGGAAGGCGCAGCGGCCGAGCCGAUCAGCCGAACCGGGCAUGCGGCACGCCGCCGCAUUGGGCGCUGGUGCCCCACCCCCAUCCGGCCAUCCGGCCCCCGUCGCCUCCUCUUUCCUUUCUUUCCCUGCAGAGUCAAUGCCCUGGUCAAACCUCCGCGCGAGCAUGUCUUCCUCCUGCCCCUCCUAAGCUUCCGCCCCCUCUGCUCCCCGUGUCCCCCUGCCCCCUCCCCUCCCCUUCCCUCCCCCCGCCGGCGCAGGCACCCGCAUUCCCCUCUCCUCCCCCGCCGCAGAUCUCCCAUCCCCAACCCCGCCAUGGACGCCCCGCCCGCCUCCACCUCCACCUCCGCCGCGGGAUCGGCGUCGGCGUCGCAGGACGCCGCCGCCGAGACCACGCCGCGCCGCCCGGCGGGGCACCGCCGCGCGCAGUCGGAGAUCCUCCUCGGGGCCACCGCCCUCCCGGACGAUCUCACCUUCGACGCCGACCUCGGCGUCGUCGGCGAGGGCGGAGGAAGCGGCGGCGGCGGCGGCGACGAGGACGACGACGACGAGUACGAGGAGGACGAGGAAGGCGGCGGCGGCGGCAGCGGGGGCAGCCGGAUGUUCGAGAUGUUCCUCCAGGCCGGCGGCAGACUCUCCGAGCCGCUGGAGCCGUCGCCGUACCCGCAGCCGCCGCCGCCCGCGCGGCCGCGGCACCAGCACAGCAUGUCGAUGGACGGCUCCACGUCUUUCGGGUCCGCCUCCUCCGGUAUGCCGGGGAGGCACGGCGCGGACGCCAAGAAGGCCAUCUCCGACGCCAAGCUCGCCGAGCUCGCUCUCGUUGACCCCAAGCGCGCCAAGAGGAUCAUGGCAAACCGCCAGUCAGCUGCUAGAUCAAAAGAAAGAAAGAUGCGCUACAUUGCGGAGCUUGAGAGGAAAGUACAGUGUCUUCAAACAGAAGCAACUACGCUAUCAGCUCAGUUGGCCCUGUUACAGAGAGAUACCAGUGGUUUAACAAAUGAAAAUGGUGAUUUGAAGCUGCAAGUGCAAACAAUGGAGCAGCAGGUCAGGUUGCAAGAUGUGCUGAACGACAGACUGAGGGACGAGGUUCAGCAGCUGAAGAUGGCAACAGGACAGCUUAACGCCAACAAUGGAAACCUGGGGAAUUUCGGCGGUCUGUCCUCGUACGGAGUCAAUUCACAGAGCUACCAGCGAAGCCAGAUGCAACAACAAUCUCUUCUGGCUGCUCAGCAGCUUCAGCAGCUCCAAAUCCACUCUCAGCACCAGCAGCCCCAAAUGCACCUGCAGCAGCAACGCCUUGCCAGUGUCCGGCAGCAGCAACAGCAGCAGCAGCAGCAGUCGCUGCUGCGUCCGGAAGCACUGCCAUUUCCGGGAGACCUCAAGAUGAAGGGAAUUGCCAUGACAGCCCAUGUGCAGAAUGCGGGCCCGUCCCCUUUCGAUGGCCGCGCAAGGAGCGAGCCGUGAGAACCGGCGCAGGUAGGGUACAUGUCAGUUGCCAGUAAUAAUAGACUUGCGUUGUACUACUGCCUGAGUCGAGUGGCUCAUGCAUAGGCUAGUGCAGUGUGUAGGUAGGUGCCUAGAUGUCUGCAGCAGUCCUCUAGAAUGUCGACCCCAUUCAGUCGCAAGUUUGUUGCAGAACUGCUGAAAGCGGAGCGAGUACUUUUACCAGACGGAGUGUUCCAUCUGGAUUUAACCAUAAACAGUUGGUGCCCAAAACCUUUCUCGAAUAUGGUGCAAGAACAGAGUGAGAGACUGAUAGUUGAAGCUCAACCAUGUCGGCUUGGCGUCUGUGCCAGCCAGAGCAAAUAAAAUGCUUGGUGGAAAGAAAAUUC